AGGAGCCAUCCGUUCACAGACAGACAGACAGACACACACACACACACACACACGCUCUACUUCGCAGUUGUGAGCAUUGACGCUUCAUAGCUCAGUACAGACCUAAACAUUCAACCAGUUCGCUUCAUUUUCUAGCAAGCGUACAGUUUCACAGCCAUGACUGGAAACAGCGCUGAUCCUGAGGACUUCAUCCCGGUGUCCUCGUCAACGUCUCAGCCGAAACAGGACCACAAGUACUACUACUCUACAGGACGUGGGGGUGCUUGGAAUAUCAAAGCUUCAAAGGAGCAACCACAGCCCAACGUUGUUGAGCAAGGCUCGCUAACCCCAAAUCUUCUACAACCAGUGUUUUCAACGGGACGUGGAGGUGCUGGUAACAUGCACAGAAAUACAGACGCUAAGCUUGCAAGAAAGUUACAGGACGUUGAUGCUGAUCCAGAGGACUACAUCACGCCAGUGAUAAGUGGACAAGCCAAUAACAAUAACCCGAUGAGCUUUGGUAGGGGUGGGUUUGGUAAUAUGAUAUCGCCAAAGAACUCGUAUAACGAAAACCAAGAGAAGCAGCGUGAAAAGAACUCCUCAAAAGAUGGAAGUGGUGGGUUCUUCAAGAAGGCUAAGAAGUUCUUCAAAUCAAAGUAAACAGAUAAUGUUCAGAUGUUCUAGUACAAUUAAUGAUAGUAUUACAUUCUACGUCUCCGUCAGCCUGUACACACGCACACCUUAUGACAAGCAUGUAACAACAACGGCAAACAACAUUGCUUUGGAUUGUAUACAUUAAGCUCCUGUUCGAAACUACACCUUCGGGCCAUUACAUAAAGUCGUCGUCAGCAAAAUCAUCAUAGUUAUCAACGACAAUAUCUUGAUCCUUCUUGAAUGCACCACCGAGGUUUGGCUUUGCAGCUUUAGCCUUCUUCUUACCGGC